ACAUUACAUUUGACUUGCUCCAAACUUUUCACAAUUUUUCCUUCCUCUUUCCUUUGUUUCAUACUCACUUUAUUUUUCUUUUCAACUACUUUCUCUACUUCUCACUUUUUUUUUUCUUAUAAUAUAACAAAACAAAUGCUAUUUUUCUAAUCUCAUACAACAAUAUGGGCAAAGCAUCCAAAUGGUUCAAAGCACUUCUUGGCUUCAAGAAAAAUAAUGACUCUAUUCUUUCUUCUAAAAACAAAUGGAGUGAUGUUAAAUCCUAUAGAGAUACAGAUCACAACUAUUAUGAUGUGUCCAUGUUGGUUCAUCGUAAAAUCGACGUUGAAGUGGACCCCACAUAUUGCGUGGACGUCCACUCCAACGUCGUAUCGACUAGUAGUGUCCGUAUAGUGAAGAUAUGGAACGGUGAAGAACGGGCUGCUAUAGUGAUACAAUCAUAUUUUCGAGCUUAUCUGUCAAGAAGAGCGUUACGCGCAUUAAAGGGACUUGUGAAGCUUCAAGCUCUAGUACGCGGUCACAUCGUGAGGAAACAAACCGCGGAGAUGCUCAGGCGUAUGCAAGCGCUGAUAAGAGCUCAGUCGAGAGCUGUUGCAGGGCGAUCUCAUGUUUUUCAAUCCCCUCCUUUUACCGCGAAAUCUACUCAAUUUCUUCAUCAUGGCCCUAUAACCCCCGAUAACUUCGAGCAAAUUAUUCGUGCAAGGAAUAUGAAGAAUUAUCAAAUGUUUAUGCUCAAGGCAAAUGUCAAUGUCAAACAUAGAAAUUUAUUUCAUUCUUCUGAACUUAGCUAUGAUGAACUUCAAUCAACAGCAUCAUCGGGAUGCGCUCGAUCAAGAACAGUACCAUUUACGCCAACUAAGGGUACGCGAAGCUACAUGAGUAGUGAUCCGAAUUACAUGUAUUACACUGAGUCAUCUAAGGCAAAAGCGCGAUCGCUGAGUGCACCAAAACUAAGGGCUCAGAAUGAUAAGAGAUACUCAAGCAAAGGCGAUUGUUCGAGUUCUGGUAGAUUAGACAGGAUUGGAGUACCUGUUAGGGGCCAUUCGGAAGAAUUUAAUCGCGAUUUGUGUCACAUAUAUUGAGAUGAUUGAUCAAGUUUGAGUUUCGAAUUGUUUCAUCAUGCUAACACAUUUAUGUAUAAUGUAUGUAUCUUGCUUUGAAUGUUUAAUGCAUAAUGACUCAACUUAUGUGAA